GCGCGCGGGCCGGGCAGCUCCGCAGCCAGCCGACGCCCCGACGGCGGCGGGAUGCUGGCGCUGCUGGCCGCCGGCCUGGCGCUCGCCCUGGCAGCCGGCGCCCAGGACGGCCCGGCGCCCGGCGCUCGCUUCGUGUGCACCGCGCUGCCCCCGGAGACGGCGCGCGCCGGCUGCCCGCUGCCCGCUAUGCCCAUGCAGGGCGGCGCGCUGAGCCCCGAGGACGAGCUGCGGGCCGCGGUGUUGCAGCUGCGCGAGACCGUCGUGCAGCAGAAGGAGACCCUGGGGGCGCAGCGCGAGGCCAUCCGCGAGCUCACCGCCAAGCUGGCGCGCUGCGAGGGGCUGGCGGGCAAGGCGUCGGCCAAGGGGGCCGGUGGCAAGGACACCAUGGGCGACCUGCCCCGGGACCCCGGCCACGUCGUGGAACAGCUCAGCCGUUCGCUGCAGACCCUCAAGGACCGCCUGGAGAACCUCGAGCACCAGCUCCGGGCCAAUGCUUCCAGCACCCCACUACCCGGGGAAUUCCGAGAGGUGCUCCAGCAGCGACUGGGUGAACUGGAGAGGCAGCUGCUACGCAAAGUGGCUGAACUAGAGGAUGAGAAAUCACUGCUGCACAACGAGACGGCAGCGCACAGGCUGAAGACGGAGAGCACGCUGGGCGCGCUGCUGCAGAGAGUGGCCGAGCUGGAGCGCGGCAACAGUGCCUUCAAGUCCCCGGAUGCAUUCAAGGUGUCCCUCCCGCUGCGAACCAACUACCUGUAUGGCAAGGUGCGGAAGACACUGCCGGAGCUGUACGCCUUCACCAUCUGCCUGUGGCUGCGCUCCAGCGCCUCGCCGGGCAUUGGGACCCCCUUCUCCUACGCAGUGCCCGGGCAGGCCAACGAGAUCGUGCUGAUCGAGUGGGGCAACAACCCCAUCGAACUGCUCAUCAACGAUAAGGUGGCUCAGCUGCCCCUGUUUGUCAGCGACGGCAAGUGGCACCACGUCUGCAUCACGUGGACGACACGGGAUGGGCUGUGGGAAGCCUUCCAGGAUGGCGAGAAGCUGGGCACCGGCGAGAACCUGGCACCAUGGCACCCCAUCAAGCCAGGGGGCGUGCUGAUCCUUGGGCAGGAGCAGGACACCGUGGGGGGCAGGUUCGACGCCACGCAGGCGUUCGUGGGGGAGCUCAGCCAGUUCAACAUCUGGGACCGUGUCCUGCGUGCCCGGGAGAUCGCCAGCAUUGCCAACUGCUCCAGUGACAUGCCGGGCAACGUCAUCCCCUGGGUGGACAACAACGUGGACGUGUUCGGGGGCGCGUCCAAGUGGCCGGUGGAGACCUGUGAGGAGCGACUCCUGGACUUGUAGGGCCCAGCCUGGCCGGACGGGGGCCGCUGUGCCGCCCGCCCCUGCACCCCCUCUUCUUUCCAGCUCCCUGCAGGGGGCCAGGAGAGCGGUGCCUGGAUGGCAACGCUCCGAGCCCCCCGCCCGUGCUCUCCUCCCGCUCGUCCUCUCCAACCCUGUGCGUCUCGUGUGCUCCCUCUCGCACCCUUAAAGGCCGUGCAGCCGUCCCGCUGCCCCCGUGUGUGACGUGUCCCACUGUCCCCCAGCACGCAAGGCCUUGUCCUGCCCAAGGGCCGACUCUCCCUCCCAGGAACUCCUAAAUUGUGGGGGGACACUGGGUGGGCCUGGCAUUGUCCCCCACCCCAGCUGCUGUGACCCACCCACCGUCUCCCCUCCUGAAGCUCCGGAACCACCCUGGGGCCCGGCUUGCCGAGGCCUCUUCAGAAACGGUGCCAAAUAGCUCCCCCACAGCCCUGCCUGCCCACGAGGUCUGCAGGCUCUGUGCUCUGCUCUCCCGGUCCCCAGCAUCUCUCUGACCUUCAGCCUUUGACCUGUGACCUUCCUGCACUUCCUCCUGGCGCUGAUCCUGGCUUCUUGGCCGAGGGCACGGCAGGUGGGCUCGGCGGGGAAAGUUUAUAACGCUGAAUAUUAUAUAUUUUAUUUUUCAUACGCGUUCCAAGUGCACAUCUGUGGACGCCCCAUGGGCAGCUCCAGUUGCCCGCCCCUUCCAUCGUGUGCGCCCCCCCAAAAGCCCGCAAGGGGGCAAAGUUUGGAUUAAAGUUGCCCAGGAAGUG